AUGGCAACUCUAGAAGACCUGAUCCCACUCGUCAACAAGCUUCAGGACCUUGUUUUUAAUACGAUUGGUACCGACACACUCGACCUUCCACAGGUUGUUGUAGUCGGUUCCCAGUCUAGCGGCAAAUCCUCGGUCUUGGAAAACAUUGUUGGCAGAGACUUUUUGCCUCGUGGUACCGGCAUUGUGACUCGCCGACCGCUCAUUCUUCAACUUGUUAAUAUUCCCUCCAACGCCACUAACCCUCAGCAGUCAUCUUCGAAUGGACCUAACUACGACUCAGGCUUGUCCUCAUCGUCUUUUGAGAUUGGCGCCGGUCUCAGUGGCUCGUUCACAGAUCUCUCAAACCCACAGGGCAACUCAAAUGCUGGUGCUGCUCCAAUCACUCCUCAUACACGCACUGGUCCUGCCGGCAAGUUUGAUGAAUGGGGCGAAUUCCUACAUAUUCCUGGUCAGCGCUUUUAUGACUUCAAUCAGAUCCGUCGCGAAAUUGAGCAGGAAACUGCUCGCAUUGCCGGUAAUAACAAGGGCAUCAAUAGACUUCCCAUCAACCUCAAAAUUUUUUCUCCUCAUGUUUUGAAUCUGACGCUAGUUGAUCUUCCCGGCUUGACCAAAAUCCCCAUUGGCGACCAACCCACCGAUAUUGAGCGUCAAACCCGCAAUCUUAUUCUGGAAUAUAUUGCCAAACCCAACUCUAUCAUUUUGGCCGUUUCCCCAGCUAAUGUGGAUCUUGUCAACUCAGAAUCCCUUAAGCUUGCUCGCCAGGUCGACCCCCAGGGAAAGCGUACUAUUGGUAUUUUGACCAAGCUCGAUCUUAUGGACCAUGGCACAAACGCUUUGGACAUUCUUUCCGGCAAUGUGUACCCGCUUAAACUAGGAUUUAUUGGUGUUGUGAAUCGCUCUCAGCAGGAUAUCCAUGCCAACAAAUCACUUGCUGACGCUCUUGUUGCCGAACGUGAAUUUUUCAGCACUCACCCAGUCUACCGCAAUAUUGCACACCGCUGCGGCACUGCCUAUUUGGCCAAGUCGCUCAACCAAACUCUCAUGUCUCACAUUCGUGAGCGUCUCCCUGAUAUCAAAGCUCGUCUCAACACUCUUAUGGGUCAGACAGAGCAGGAACUUGCCUCUUAUGGUGAUGCAACUGUUUUUACGAGCCCCGAAAACCGUGGAGCACUUCUCUUGACACUUAUGACUAAGUUUGCUACUUCUUUUGUGUCCUCUAUUGAAGGUACUUCUUCUGAGAUUUCUACAAAGGAGCUCUGCGGUGGUGCUCGCAUUUACUAUAUUUACAAUGAGGUCUUUGGUAACUCACUCACAACUUUGGACCCCACUACUAACCUGUCUAUGCGCGAUAUCCGCACUGCUAUCCGCAACAGUACUGGUCCUCGGCCUUCGCUGUUUGUUCCCGAGCUGGCAUUCGACUUACUUGUCAAGCCCCAAAUCAAGCUUCUUGAACCACCUUCUCAACGCUGUGUUGAGCUCGUUUAUGAAGAGCUUAUGAAAAUUUGCCACAACUGUGGCUCACCAGAGCUUUCGCGGUACCCCAAGCUUCAGGGCAAGCUGAUUGAGGUCAUUUCGGAUCUUCUUCGCGAGCGCCUCGGCCCCUCAUCUUCUUACGUGUCCAGCUUGAUUUCUAUUCAACGUGCAUACAUCAACACCAACCACCCCAACUUUUUGGGUCCGGCUCAGGCUAUGCAGGAAGUCAUUGAGGAGCGCAAGGAAAAGGAGCGUCAGUUUAAGGAAAUAAAGGCUCUUGAAGAAAGACGUCUUCUCAAGGAGCAGGAGGAAAAUGAAGCUGCCGAUAUUGCUGCUCGCGAGGCCGAAGCCGACGCUAAGGAUGGUAAAGACCGCAAGGAUAAUAAGAAGAAGCAGGAGAAGGACCAGCUGCAUCAGAGUCAACAGACUCACCACAAACAACCUUCUGUUUCACGACUGGACCUUAAUGGCAGCAGUUCCCAUGGGUUGUUGUCCACUUCUAAUGAUGCAUCGGGUGACCAUGCUGGCAAGGAUUCUUUCCUCAACUACUUCUUUGGCAAAGAGAAUGCUUCUGGAAAUCGUGGUUCCAGUGGUGUUAAGAAUAAGGGCUAUGGCAUUUCUUCCUCAUAUGGCACUGGCAACUCGUCAGCAUAUUCUGGAAAUCUGUCAAGUGGCUCGUCGCGCACUCUUGUCAAUGGCAACUUCCCUGGUUCCGGCAGCUCGUUUGACAAUAUGAGUGCAGAAUUUGAAGAUUCUCUGACUGAUGGGGAUGAUCCAUUCUCAGAGCGUGAGCUGCUUGAGUGCGAGCUGAUACGUCGUCUCAUAAUUUCAUACUUUUCUAUUGUCCGUGAGUCGAUCCAAGAUCAGGUGCCUAAGGCCGUUAUGCAUCUUCUUGUCAAUUACAGCAAGGAAAGUGCCCAAAACAGACUUGUCAGCAAGCUUUACAAGGAGAGCCUGUUCGAGGAGCUGUUGCAUGAAGAUGAAGCUCUUGCUCAAGAGCGUACAAAGUGUGAGAAUCUACUCAAGACCUACAAGGAGGCAGCCAAAAUUAUUGGCGAAGUUGUUUAA